AUGCGAUCGCUCGUUCUCACUGUGCUUAUACUCAGCAGCAUUGGUACUUUGAACGCUGCUCAACCUCGUCAACAACCAUUUCGUUUUACAGACCCGUUUGAGGAUAUUACAGCGCCCCACGAGGCCUCGUCAUAUACAUUCAAAUGGCCAAUUCAUCGAGUGGCAAUCAUUGGUGCAGGAGCUGGGUAUACCCUCUUUGGAUUUUUACUUCUUCUUCUUUUCCUCAAACCCAUUCUCUUUCUCUACUCCAGCGGCCUCAUCGCCUACGACCAAUUCUCCCGUCUCAACAACUUCUAUGUCCGACUCUUCGAGCGCGACUCAAUGCCCGGUGGGAAUUGGCAUUACACCGCCAACGAAACAUCCCCGAAUGCACCAGUACCCAAUUUCCCUACAUCUAAAGCAGAUUUCGAGCCGGAUCUGCCACCAGAUGGUGUGAAGUUGCCGUAUGAAAAGAGCUUUGAGGGCGUGGAGGAGCAAAGGGUGUUGGAAGUAAAGAUUGAUCAGAGAGCUCCGAAGCCGAUUUGGGAAAGGUUGGGUGCGACUGGACCGAGGUCAUAUCAAGAGUUUCGAGCAUUACCUUGGCCAGAACAGACUCCCAUUGACAUUAACCGCACCCACCUCCAACGCUACGUCCGCACCUUCGCCUCCUUUCUCUCACUGAACAGUAACGACAACAAUCUCGAUGUCUCCUAUAACACCCGCGUCGAACGCGUCACUAAACGAUACAACAUCACCACAAGUACUGAAAACGGACAACAAACGAAAACUGAAGCGGGUUGGACACUUCUCCUUCGACAAUUCACCCAAACUGGGAACAACUCGUACAAGAUUCGUUGGUGGGAGGAAGCGAUUGCCUCCGGACGGUUCAACGCACCCAACACACCUGAUAUUCCUGGUCUUUCACAAUGGGCUAGCCUCUAUCCUCAUCUCAUCUCCCACUCCCGACAAUAUCGUCGCCCAGAGGAAUUUGCUAAUCAGUCUGUGUUAGUCAUCGGUGGAUCGGUCAGCGGAACUGAAAUAGCUGAGGAAUUGGACGGGGUGGCUGGGAAAGUCAUUUUGAGCGUUCGGGAUAGCGAAGACUCUGCGCAUACUCCCCCCCGGAAAAUGCACUUAUCCAGAGUCCCGCGAAACGUUUCUAUCGUUCCAGAAAUCAAAUCAUUUCAUCCCUUUACGGCACCGGGAAUCACCUCCGGCAAGGUCGAGCUUUUCAACGGUACCAUAUUAAACGGAUUCGACAGAAUUAUUUUAGCCACUGGAUACCGCUAUUCAUUCCCCUUCCUUCCCCAAUACAUCAACACCUCUCUCCGUGCAAAUGAAAGCAUACCGAUUCAAGGCACAGACGCCAAGUCAACUCAACGUCAACAACCACUGAUAACAGAUGGAACCCAUAUCCGAAGCCUCCAUCUUGAUAUAUUCUAUAUUGAAGAACCGACAAUUGGGUUUAUUAAUAUGAACACCGGCAUCGAAACAUUCCUUUACUCCGAAUUCACCUCUGCGGCGUUAUCCAAAGUAUGGGCUGGACAAGCUAAACUGCCGUCUUCCAAUUUUAUGUGGGCGAGGCAUUGGGAGCGGGUCGGGAAAGGCUACGGACGCACGUUCAUGGCAUAUGGUGUUGAGAAACAAGCUGCAAUAACAAAAUACCUGGUCGGGUGGCUUAAUCAAGAUGCUGUAAAGUACGGUGGAUAUCAGGCCCAGUCUGAUUACUGGUACCCUUGGGAGGGAAACUAG